AUGCUGCCCCCUGGUGGUAAGACCGACAUAAUACUGCCCCCUGGUGGUAAGACCGACAUCAUGCUGCCCCCUGGCGGUAAGACAGACAUCAUGCUGCCCCCUGGCGGUAAGACAGACAUCAUACUGCCCCCUGCUGGUAAGACAGACAUAAUACUGCCUUCUGGGGGUAAGACAGACAUCAUGCUGCCCCCUGCUGGUAAGACAGACAUAAUACUGCCUUCUGGGGGUAAGACAGACAUCAUACUGCCCCCUGCUGGUAAGACAGACAUCAUGCUGCCCCUGGUGACAGACAUCAUGCUGCCCCCUGGUGGUAAGACCGACAUAAUACUGCCCCCUGGUGGUAAGACAGACAUCAUGCUGCUCCCUGGUGGUAAGACCGACAUAAUACUGCCCCCUGGGGGUAAGACAGACAUCAUGCUGCUCCCUGGUGGUAAGACCGACAUAAUACUGCCCUCUGGUGGUAAGACCGACAUCAUGCUGCUCCCUGGUGGUAAGACAGACAUCAUGCUGCCCCCUGGUGGUAAGACCGACAUAAUACUGCCCCCUGGUGGUAAGACCGACAUAAUACUGCUCCCUGGUGGUAAGACCGACAUAAUACUGCCCCCUGGGGGUAAGACAGACAUCAUGCUGCCCCCUGGUGGUAAGACAGACAUCAUGCUGCCCCCUGGUGGUAAGACAGACAUCAUGCUGCCCCCUGGCGGUAAGACCGACAUCAUGCUGCCCCCUGGCGGUAAGACAGACAUCAUGCUGCCCCCUGGUGGUAAGACAGACAUCAUGCUGCCCCUGGUGACAGACACCAUGCUGCCCCCUGGUGGUAAGACAGACAUCAUGCUGCCCCCUGGUGGUAAGACCGACAUAAUACUGCCCCCUGGUGGUAAGACCGACAUAAUGCUGCCCCCUGCUG